GUGUACUCCUGCAGACUACAGCAGCAGUUGUUCCAUGCGACCGUCACUACGGGUAUGACCUACACCGUCCUGAACAACUUCUGCAUCACGCUUGGGGUGGCACCUGUGCACAAGCCUACUUUUUAUAGCUACAUGCGAGGUGAGACAAAUGUGCGUGAGGGUUGGAAUGCAAAGGCCGUUAGACAGGGCGUGCGGUACUGUGACUUGGCGAUAGACACUGUUAUGCGAUCAGGGAAACCAGUCACAUUGAUGGUCGAUGGUCGCUACGACUCGGCUAGGUCUGCGCAGCAUUGCACUGUAACCACGAUUGAGUAUGACACUCGUCUUGUGGUGGAUGUUCAUACUCUUCGUCCAAAGACGGAGGGAAAGGCAUCAACCCAGCUCGAGGUUCCUGCUGUUGUGCGACUGUUGAGAGGCUUGCUUUCCAGGGGUUUGAAGAUCAGGUGCAUUGUCUCCGACGAUUUUGCUGCAUUAAGUCCGCAAUUGGAGCGCCUCGGUAUUGAAUGGCAGAAGGAUUGUCAUCAUAAGGUGAAAAACGUUCGCAAGGCACUAAGGAAAGCCUUGAAGGUGCCAAAAAAAUUGAAUAACCCUCAUCAAUGCGUCUCUGAAGCUCAACUUUUAGAGUUCACGAAGAGGGAGCUGUUGGAUGUCUUGUCUAACCGUUUUGGACCAGGGUGUUUGACGCAAAAAGAAGAACGAUUGAAGAAAAGCGACUUCGUCGGUGUUGUGUUGAAGAAAAUGUACCCGUACGGCACGACGACAAAUGAGCAAUCCUUGAUCGUGGAUCCAAACGGUGUGACUGAUUUCCAUGUGCAUGAGGCGGGACUAUGGUUUCUUCGUGCUGCAGAGCUUUGCAGAGAUGAGGGCGGCGACUCUGUCAGUUUACACAAUGAUAUCAUGAUGAUCGCGGAGCAUUGGGCAGGGGACCACUUGAGGUGCAUGGGGGACAAAGAGCUUCUAUGCGGCAGGGGGGGUGGCCCGACUCGAUUGCCUUUAUACACACGCGACGACCCCGUGUAUGACAUCAUUCGGCGGACGUUGGGCAGACAUUGCAGCACGACUGUUUGCUCAUACUACACAGAGUUCCGUCACACGUCCGCCGUUGAGACCUUCCAGGGACGAUCAUCAUCUACGAGAAGAAGUCCUUGCACUUCGAGAAGUCGUAUGAGCCGCGUUUGACAAUUGCAAUCAUUCGAUGAAACACUCAUGCACGGCAGGAUCCCGUGGAGUAUCGUGCCCGCAGGCCUUCAGGGAUUUCGAUUCGUCCGAGGCCGAGCUACUACCGUCACAAUCAACCACCCAACGAUUC